AUGACAACGCCAAUCAAGGAUACAUCGGACUCGGACACGCACUGCUCACACUGCAUCACGUACGAGGGGCUCCUCUAUUCGACGCUCGACAGAACUUCGCCAGACGACGUGGUACUUGGCACCCAAUCGGAGUUCCUGGAGCUGCCGAACGGCUGGAAUGUGGCCAAGUGGUCGGAGGGGCUCGUCCAUAAUGUGAUUGCGAAGUACCCAUGGGGCACACAUUGCUUGGUUCUGUCAAGCGGCAGUGCGUACUACACGGCUUUGGCCGAGACCACUCAGGCAAACGGAUCUCCUGGCGACAAGUUCAACAGUUCUCAGGGGCUGUUAGCCUUGAGUGGAAUGUGGGAGGCAAAGGACUUCACAGAUUGCGAGGUGGUGUGUCAUGGCGGGUCUGUCAGGUGCCAUCGAGCAGUGUUGGCACAAGCCUCGCCUGUAUUCAAGCAGAUGCUGUGCGGGGAGAUGGUGGAGGCCAAGACUCAACGCAUUCCUCUGGAGAGCGUUGACAUGGAGGUGGUAUUGGCACUGCUCAAUUUUGCAUAUACUGGCAAGGUGACUUGCGACCCUGUGCACUUUCCUGCACUGACCAAGCUGUCCGAUCAGAAGGGGCAGCGCACGGUACAGGGCAGCGUUGCAAUCCGAGCGCGGGCAAAAACGUCCUGCCAUGCUGGCAAGAUCGACCUCACACGCGCCCACGAGAGCUCCAUCCAUGGGGGCGCGAAGUCCCUGCGGACUGGGGCGGCCGACACGGAGAGGGACGAGACGCAGGCAGAGGACGAAGCGAGCAGGGCACCGGCCGCCGUGCCCAAGUCCCCGCCCAGGAGGCCGCAGGCGGCCGCGCCGCAGGCGGCCGUGCCGCAGGCGGCCGCGCCGCAGGUCAAGUGGCAGCGCAUGGAGUCGAGAACUCAGGCUGGCGUGUACUACUAUUGGGACCCGGUGUCUGGCCAGACCAUGGCGGACCCUCCGCCGCCCUGGGAGAAGAAGCAGUCCCGCACCAGGCCCGACAUCGUCUACUGGUGGAACUCCCAGACGAACCUGACGUCGGCGGAGAAGCCUGUAGUUUAG